AUGGAGAUCAAAUGGAGCCAGCCAAUGUUUCCUAAUGGGCCAGCCCCACUGUACAAGCUUCAGAAGACCAACAUUGCCCUCAGCUUCCCAGCUUCAGUCGUCAGAGGGAUCCGCUUUACUGGGGGCAGUUAUUACGCUUUCUCCCCAAGCACAAUUCCUCAAAAUGUGGCAUUCACAGGCAUUCGAUUCCGGUUCCGUUUGGAAAGAGGAACAGGUAUCAUGCUGUUUUCAGCAAGCAACAGCCAGGAAGAGUUUAUUGUGAUCCAGUUUGUCAGUGGGCGGCCCCGGUUUAUGUUUGAUUCACAAGGCUGUCCUAGUAUUGGUUCUGUCACCACCACUAAUGAUGAGGGAUUAGUAUACAAUGACAGAAAGUGGCACACGUUUGAAGCUCGCAGGAUUGGAGGAUUUGGCUCUGUCACAGUGGAUGAAAAAUGGAAAGGUGAAAAUUCCAUCCGAGAUGUUGGCUGUUCCAACACCAGUAUCAUUGGUCCUACAACGGCCGUCUAUGUUGGGGGAUUUCCUGCUGAUUUUGUUGUCCAGCGACGUGAUCGCAACAGACGC